ACAACGCACCGUUACAGAUUCACAAUCUCCACCUACGCCCUCAUAAUCUUAAGAUCAUACAUAACUUUCGACUAGCAACCUCUCAACAUGGGUAACGGAGCCAAAGCUGAACAGAAGCGAGAACGUAACGCCAAGAACGCACCUGCCAAGGGAGCUUCUUCGCAAUUGAAGGCCAACGCCGCUGCGCAAACAACCAUCUGUAAAAAGUGUUUCCGGACCUUUCAAUCCACGGCCGGACAGGCGAAAUUGACCGAACACUCUGACACGCACAACAAGCCGUUUGCCGAAUGUUUCCCCGAUUUCGGCAAGUAGGCCACGGGAUCUAGGGGUCUUCUUUAAUCGGAAGGAAGACGAUAUUCGAGAGGGUUGAGGUUGGGUCGUCCGUGGGAGACCGCAGAGUCCGAGGCGACGCAUCGUGGACUGGGUCUCAAAUGGGGCGGUUGUCGGGGGUUUUGGGAGACACAAGUUGUAUAUAUUUCGCGUUCACUCUGGGGCAUCAUUUCAUCGAUUUUGUGUUUGCCGACUCGUCAGAUGGCCGAAUACGAUCAUGCCGGCUGGGAGGCAAGGUAAAGCGCUUGAGAGGGCACCCAGACUCACAACGAGGAUGAAGAUGGCCAGAUGGCGGGCGAAGCUGGGGAACUCUAGGGCCUGAAGCACGAUACAUAUAGCUAGACCUCAAUUUAUAUCAGGAUUCGGAAACCAUGUGAGAAUGUAUGCAUGUCUAUGUCGCGAAUGUCUUUCGUAAUGUAUCUAUCGGUCAUUUGCCCGCGAUUGCAUAAGGUGUAC